AUUCCAGUUUUCAUUUAACCAGGAUUAGCACAUUUAUUUCUAUACAUCUUUAACUUUCAUACUUUACAAGAGGACAUGUUAUGGGCACCCAGUCAUAUUUAUUUUCUUCAGCUGAGCUAUAUGAUCUGUGCUUUCAUUUCAAUCAGGUUGUCUGGUUAUAGCCUGGAAAUUAGGCCACCAGCUAUAAUAUAACGCACAUAUUGUGGCAAGGACACUGGAAAUAGAGCAGGAAAUAUCUGACCAAACAAUAAUAAUGAUGUUAUUUCUUAGAAUUAUUGUCAGAGUAGCACAGGAGUAGACUUUUAUAUUUCUUUAAAAUUUAAUUUCAGAAUAUUCAGUGUAUUUUCUCUGUAACAUUUCUAAUGUAGAAAAAUGUAGAAAAUUAUGACAAUAACGAUAGGAGUGAACUUACAGGAUUUCAAUGUUUGGAAUAGUAGGUUAGAUAUCUAAGCGGGAAAUGUUCUAAAAUUGGUAUAAAAUGUCGGUUGUUCAAAUAAUGUAAAGAUGACAGGUACUGUUGCAGCGAUGUGUUCAUCGUGACGUUUCUGUCCAGACUCUGUAUCGUAGCUGUAUACACAGAGUAGGAUUGUGGGCUGAACAUCAUGUACCACGGUCGGAGGUGUGUACAUGCGACGGAUCUUCCCGAAACACGUUCCUCGCCGAGAAAUCACCGAAGCAGCCAAUCACACGCCUUGUUUCAUUCCGUGUGCCCGGAUGUACCCGUGGGGCAAUAAGCUACGUCAUUGUUCACCGCCGGACACCCGCUGGAAAUGAGGAAUGGAUUUACAGGCGCUAUUAACGUGUUCGUAACAGAUUCCAGCAUGAACAAUGACCAUAGUUGACAGAUCUUCAGAAAAGUCUGACCACGAGUCAGUCGGGUGUAACCGAUCUCCCUUCACCAGAGGAGACGCGGGGAUGGACGGCAGCUGUUCCAGCAGCUGGGCGAUGGGUCCCACCAUGCCGACUGACUCUCCUCGGCUGAAGGCUCCAGGAGGCUGCCUGGGCCCGACACCUGGAGCUGCCUUCUACAAUAGUUCUCUCUCAUCAGUGGACCGGCCCAAGGAGCAAGUGAUCAGCAAUGGUGACGGCAUUGAGUUGCCGCAGAAGGUCCUCUUCCCUCCAGACCGCCUCAAUCUGAAGUGGACCCAGGUUCACCGUAUCGGUGCCGGACUUAAGAACAUGGGGAACACAUGCUUCCUCAACUCAGCGCUGCAGUGUCUCACCUACACGCCUCCAUUUGCUAACUUCUUGCUGACAGGCGAGCACUCUAAAACAUGUCACGUGCCGGGGUUCUGUAUGAUGUGUUCUAUGGAAAACCACAUCAUUGAGGUCUUUUCCAAUUCUGGGAAUGUCAUCAAGCCUGUUGGAGUACUUAAUGAGCUCCACAGGAUAGCAAAGCACUUCAACAUUGGAAGACAAGAGGAUGCCCAUGAAUUCCUGCGGUACACAGUGGAUGCUAUGCAAAAGUCCUGCUUACCUGGAACCAAAUUGGACAGGCAGACACAGGCCACUUCUUUCAUCCAUCAAGUAUUUGGCGGGUACCUAAGGUCCAGAGUUAAAUGUUUAAACUGCAACGCAGUCUCGGAUACAUUUGACCCCUUUUUAGAUAUCACUCUGGAAAUUAAGAUGGCUUCAAGCGUCUCAAAGGCUCUGGAGCAGUUUGUUAAGCCGGAGCAGCUGGAUGGAGAAAACGCCUACAAAUGCACCAAGUGCAAAAAAACGGUCACAGCCUCGAAGAGAUUUAGCAUCCACCGCAACGCCACCGUGCUCACCCUCUCACUCAAACGCUUUGCAAAUUUCAGUGGAGGCAAAAUUACAAAGGAUGUCAAAUAUCCAGAGUACUUGGACAUGCGGCCGUUCAUGUCUCAGACUCAAGGAGAGUCCCAACUCUACGGCCUGUAUGCUGUGCUGGUCCACUCUGGAUACAGCUGUCACGCUGGACACUACCUCUGCUAUAUUAAGGCGAGCAAUGGUCAGUGGUAUGAGAUGAAUGACGCCUCUGUGUCCGUCUGCGACAUCAGCACUGUUCUCAACCAGCAGGCCUAUGUCCUGUUCUACAUAAAGUCCAGUGAUGGGAAAAAAACUGCGGACUACAGUCACAUGAACCACAACCCUGGAAUCCCUGGUCAGUCGUCACCACGCCCGGUGGUGAAACCACGCAUCAAAAACACCGUCCCUCACAACAACAUUGGCUUUAUAGGUCCCAAGCUGCCCCCACACAUGACCAAGAGCACUCUCUACGUCAAUGGGAAUGGAUCUCUGAGGGACUCUCCCAAAAGCACCAAGCCCAGUACCAGCAGUAGUGUUGGAAAACCUAACCAUGGACUGGCCUCUUCCUCUUCCUCCUCCUCAAUCUCCCACUCAAUCAGCCGGCCCACAAUGAUCCCAGACCAUGACAAACGUCAGAAGCUUUCAUUUUUGAUUAGACAAAGCAAGCAGAACCGUCCGUCCUACUCCUCCUCAUCCUCUUGCAGCCAGCCUUCCUCCGCCAGCACCUCCUCCUCCAGCUCUCUAUCCCCCUCACAGUCUACCUCAGGCGUCCACUCAGAUGUUCACUUCAUUCCACGUCAGCUUCACCAUGUUAACGGCAUGUCUUGCAGUAACGGCGAUCACCACACUCAAGGUAAUGGAGCAUCGCUCCUGGUGCCGUACGGCCAGGAGUCUUCUGAGGAAUCAGACCAGGAGAACUGUGGCGCUCUGGAUAAUGGCUGCUUAGCUAAGUCUCACCUCAACAGAAACAACGGAACAGGAGGCGUCUUUGAGAAAUCUCCUCAAGCCACAAACGGAGAGUCAGAAGUGCACCAUAAUGGUAACGGGUUAAUGAAUGGCGUUUCUAAAUCAUGCCAAAACAGACACCAUUAUGGACCACCCAAAAUUAAUGGGCACAACACCUCUGACAAGAUCUCCAGCAGUGAUCAUGGAUCUUUGUCCUCGUUGGCUACCAUUGCUGCUAAUGGUUUAGAUGGUGACCAUAGUCCAACAAGCAAAGUGGCUUAUAAUUCAGCCUCGUCAUCAAAGACCUGUUCUUCUCGGAGCAUCCAUCCUGAUGCCAGUGAAAGCCAGCACCUCCCCUCUCCUCAGAAAAGGGCUAAAUAUGUGUCUGAACCUCUGCCUCAGCAUACAGCACCCUCCACUGUUAGCAUUCCACCUUCAGCUACUGCUACAAAGACCCAUUCUGUUGCAUCUGGAGAAUCUGCUUCCUUCUCAGCACAUCGUGGCAGCCCAGCGGCCUUAUCCACCCCGGCAGAUCGCUCCGAGAGCACCAGUGGGACAUCUGAUGCUCCACAGAAGGUUGUCAUAAGUGGGGAUGAAUCCAAGAAUCUACCACAGAAAAACGGGCCGUCGGCAGGGAUGGAAGAAAGAACGGACGCCAAGGAGCAGCAACAGUCAAAGCCCAGUUCUAGUGGCAGCAAUGGACAAUAUUCCCGAGACAGAGACAGGCUGCACUCUGACAGGAGCAGAGAGAGAAACUACAGGGACCGGAGCCCAGAUCGGGAGAGUGACGGUGAACGGCACCGGCACAGACGGGACUACCGAGAUCACCGCCACAAUCAUCGCUUGCACAGUGAUCGUUUGUCUCCUCACGAUCGACAUUACAGAGACUGGGACUCUGAGCGUCGCUAUGAGCGAACUGUCCACCACCCCAGGGAAAGCUACCGCGACAGGUCCUCUCACCAUUACCACCGCCACCGAUCCAGAGAUGAUUGGGACUUUGAGCGGAGGGGGACCGGUCACUCCAACCGCGAAGAGUCUCGUAGUCGCUGGAGGUGGCCGCAGGAGAGUCGAGAAUCCCGGGUAACGAAGGAAAAGAGCAAUGGCAGGGAGAGGAACUCUUACCCUUCAAAAGAGGAGACUUCCUUUCCUGCCACAGUGUCAGAUACAUCGACAAAGUCGAUGUCAGCUCCAAACACAGACGAUCAAAAUCACAAGAGGGCUGCUGAUAAUCUGAGCAAGGAGAGAGACGACAGCCCUGAGGCCUUUCACUCUAAAAAACACAAAAAGAGCAAGAAGAAACAUAAGUCAAAGGACAAAGACCAACACAGAGAGAGCGGAAAUUCUGACGUGGAUUCAGACAGAAUUGCUGAAAUAAAAAAGAAGAAGAAGAAAAACAGGCGGCAGCGGGAUGAAGAGUCCAGGCAGCACAGCCCAGGCGCCGCACAGAGGCACAAGAACAGAAGCAGCUUGGAACCUGAAAGCCGCAAGCGGAAGUUCUGUCACAUCGAGGACCGUACAUGCAUCGAUGGUUUUCCACCAGAUGCUGAUCCUCGCAUUGACCAUCUACCCCCCUCCAAGCCCAUUUCAGCCACCACUGGUUCAACUCACUGCCAUCUCAAUGGACACACAGGAAACGGUUACAGUCGAACCAAUGGCAACUCCCACUGAUUCUCCAGUGGCAUCACACACUGAUUCUGCACAUCAACAUUUUAACAGCAGAUGAAUGACAUCAACGACCUUUUGACAUGGUGCUUCUUCUUCGUUGGGAAUAAUUUGUAUUUUUACCAAAAGUUAGGUGUUUUAAAAUAUUCCGAAAACCUUUUUUUAAGGCGUUAACUAUUUGCCAUAAUUCUCUUUAACUAUGGGCAAAAAAAAUAACUGUCACCUUGUUGAACAUUUAUGAUGAAAAUAUUAAUAUAUACUCGUAUGAACACAAACAAAGCCUGGAGCUUAAAACAUCUCAACUGCUGCUCAGUGGAACUCAGGACUCGAAAAACUUGUCAGACAUCCCAUCACGGAUUAUCCAGCCGCUUCAAAUGAGAAUGAAACAAAAGGGAAGUGGCCUAAGAGUCAAACUGUCAAGGCAUCAUAUUGAAUGAAAGUUCAAGAUGUCACUAUACCUACAGAGCUUCUGAGUUUCUACAUCCAUCCCACUGGGAGCGAGACAAACUGCAGGAAGGAGAUUUUCACGAACGAAGCGGACGAGCGCAGUGGUGGGAACAAGGCUUCGCUGACUGAUACCUCCACUUUAACCCUGGACAGACUUGAGGACAUUUUCCUGCUAUUACGUUUUUCUCCUUUUUUUAUUUUACCGUUUCCAUUUUUGCUCCGAAGCCUAAGAUUCACUCUGUAAUGUUUUUACUUUUUUCACAAGAUGAGGAGUUUUGUCUCGCCUAUCUCACAACUCUCUCACUCGCUCUUUUUUUAAAUGUUCAGAAAGAAAGCAUCAAACAUUUAUCACCGCUGUGGACCAUGUGUUUUUGCUUUUUAAUGAAAAAUAAAGUUUGUGUCUUCUAGCGUCAUAAAAGAAUACUGUGAAUUAAAUUUUGAACUGUACUAUCAGUUAUUUUAUAUGCACAAAAAGAUCCUGUAUCAGGAUUAGCAGUAGAUGUUUUGAUUGUUUUGAUUUUGUUUGUAGAAAAACACUUGUUAAUUUUGACCAUGUUCUUUGGAGUAUUGAUUGAUUUUUCUUUUUCGUUUUUCAACUUUGGAAAGACGUUUGAAAAACUGCUGUUAUACCUUUUUAGUUUUAGCAUGUCAGAAUUUAUACAUUGUAUAAGGUAAACGCCUUAAAAUACAUUUGUUUGUCUGCAAUUGUAAUUUGUUCUUGGUCUUUGACGUUUACAAGCUGCAUUGAAAUGAAUGAUACAUCUUUAGUGAGAAGAGUUGCCAGGGUUUGUUAGAAAGCUCUUGUAUCACACAGAAUAGACUGAUUGUUAUUCAGCCUCUUGAAGGGCAACCGGUCGAAUCAAGAUGUAUUAGCGAGGACUGAAAGUGAUGGCGCUCUUUAUUCAGAUGUUGUUAAAAACACACUUUUCUAGCUGUUCGGGGAGCAAAGACCUUGCUCAGGUGUAAAAUACCAAAGAGUCGAGCUCUUCUCACUGAAUUCACACAGACACUGUUCACUGAUCAGCAUGUGUUUUUAAUACAACGUCUUCAAAUGAGCGGUUUACCCAAAAGCAAACCGGGAACCUGCACCAAAACAAUGUGGCUCUGUGUGAUGGACCUUGGGAUUCCAGUCAGCAUUCACGUUCUGCACGUAUUUUGUUUUUUUUUAACUUACCAUGUCCUGCGAGUAUGUUAUUUUUUUUCUCCUAUCUUAUUUCAAGAGUGUCAUAUUUGAGAGCAGGACUUAUUGAUUUCAUGUUCAGAUUUUGGAACGCUCUCUGUCAAAACCAUGCGCUCACAAUCAAAUAGCUCCCUGCUUGUGCUUGGAUGUUAUUGUGCAACAAGUCUAUUUAUAGUCCACUUCCCUAACCAAUAGAAUGCCAGGUGUAGUUACUAUGAGUGAAGUUGUCCCGCCCUUCAUUGAGAAGGAGUCCAGCAGAUCUCUGGUCAACGUGGAGCAGCAAAAUCAAGGAUGUCAAGUUAUUUUUGUUUUCUAAACGGUGACUAGCGACUAUAAAAAAAAUAAAAUAGGCGCUGUUAUAUUUUCUUCUCCCCACCACAGCUGGCAUUGUUGGUUGGGACAGACUAGAAAUCCGAGAGAACAGGAGCAAGAGCUGAAGCUUGAAGGAAGGGAACGUUUGAGUAUAAGUGCAGAAUUUUGAAUGAGCGCAUUACGAAAUCUGAGAAAUAGACCCGCUCACAAACUGAAAGAACACACUCUUGAAUAAAGAUGGGGGGGGAGACACCAUAAGGUUUCUCUGUAAUGUGAGUUUCUCAUGAAUCAUCACAUUAUCUGAUCUCUUCAGUAAAAACACAGUGUGAGGAGACUUCACUGCUCCGUACAAGGUGCCACUUCCACUACUAUAAACUGUUGAACUAAAAGGUGAACGGGUACAGGCUAUGGCUGUUAUGUCUGACAUGCUACAUAAAUACAACAAAGAAAGAAAUACAAAAACGGUAUGUACAUUAUAUAUUAUACAUGCAUAAUGUAAUGAGUCUUGGGCUGCCUCUUUUGUUAAAAACAAUAAGCAAAUAAAUACAAAAGAAAUGAACAGAGAGAUGCAUCUUCAAUAUGUAACGGUACAGAACUAAUAUAUAUGAUGCAACAGUGGCCACUUGAAAGGGUCAUUCCUCUAAGUAUGUGUGUGGUGCCAUUUCCCCUGAAUCGUUUGCAUCUUCGUUUUCAAAGAGGGAAUGAGGUGGCACACGCUUAAUUACAGACGAAUAUGAGCCUGGCUGUCAUUUUCUUGGUUAAAUCAGUAAGUUUGCAUUUACAGAUACACAACAAUCAGACCAGCUGAUUUAAAAACUCCAGGCUUUCCGUAGUCCACGGAAAAACGAAAUGUUGGUGUCUGGAGGUGACCGACCUCACCAGGUGGAGAGACCAGAGGGAUUCAGGUUUUACAUCCUGCCCGUGCAUUUGUUGUGCACGAGAUGUGGUUCCACACAUGUCCAGCAGAGGGAAGCAGUGCCACAGA